AUGGCCAACAUAGAGCUGCAUAUGGCGCCGCACACAAACCAACACGCGAUCCACCCAAGGAUUUGCAUCAAAAGGAUGGCCCAGCCAGAGAUACGUGCCAUACGGCCUACCCCGAAGGAGUCUCGCCACUGGUUGUUAAAACCGAUCACCUUCGACCAUCGGGAUUACUCUAGAAGUAUCCGGAAUGCAGGUUGGACUGCCUUAGUAUUAGAUCCGAUAAUCGACGGACUCCACUUUACACAAGUCCUGAUGGACGGCGGCAGUGGUCUAAACCUGCUAUAUCAGGACACAGUCCGCAAAAUGGGGAUGGACCCAACAAAAAUUCGCCAUAGCAACACUUCCUUUCAAGGAGUAACGCCAGGCCCGAAGGCCCAUUGCAUGGGUUCCCUCCUGCUAGAAGUUAUGUUCGGCUCCCCCGAUAACUUCCGCCGCCAAAAGCUAACCUUCCACAUCGCCCCAUUUUCAAGUAGCUAUCAAGCACUACUGGGACGUGAGGCUUUCGCCCGCUUUAACGCAAUACCGCAUUAUGCAUCUCUUACACUUAAGAUGCCCGGUCCACGAGGCACCAUCUCACUAAAGGGAAAUAUCGAACCACGGACACGGCUAGGCGAGUCCGGAACAAACAUAUAA